UGGAAUUAAAUCCUGGCUUGUUUCGUCUUCCCUUAAUCACUCUGACGCUACAAACUUUCACCCUAUAUAUACGUUCGUCUACAAGGAACACUCUUGUGCUCCUCACAUCCUAAUAUUCCUCGUAGAUGGAGACUCUCGCAAAGGCUACUGAUGAUCGAAUUAUUUCAGCAAACAAACAUGAGGUUGGCAUAGUCAGAGCCAAGUUGAAUCAAAUGAGCAAGGAGAAUAAAAUUCUCACUGAGAUGGUCAGCAUCAUGCAGGCUAACUACACUGCUCUCUGUACUCAGUUCUUUAAUCUGGUAACAGAAAUAUCUCCUUCCCAGAAGAGGAAGAACCGGACCCCGGAGAUUGACAGUUUUAACCAAAUUAAUGGCAAUCCAAGUGAAGAUUGCUCGUUCAAGAGAUUGAGGGAAGAUCCCAAACCAAAGAUCUCCAAAGUCUAUGUGCAAACUGAUCCAUCAGAUUUGAGCCUGGUGGUGAGGGAUGGGUAUGGAUGGAGAAAAUACGGGCAGAAGAUAACGAGAUACAAUCCAUCUCCAAGAGCCUAUUACAGGUGCUCAUUUGCACCUACAUGUCCUGUAAAGAAAAAGGUGCAGAGAGCUGCGGAAGAUCAAUCUAUCUUGGUAGCAACAUAUGAAGGUGAGCACGAGCAUGGUCAGUUCUCACAAGGAGUUGGUUCGAUGCAGAGUGGAUCACUGCCAUACUUCGUUUCGAUCAGCUCUUCAUGCCCGACGAUCACACUCGAUCUCACGCAGGAGGGAUUUUGGCGAGAUGAUGGGAAGUUCAGCCGGCAGAAUGAAUCGACGUUGCCGGAGUUCCAGCCAGUUUUGGUCGAACAAAUUGCCUCGGUGUUGACAAAAGAUCCAAAUUUUAGAAAUGCACUCGCAGUUGCAAUAUCAGGGAGAAUGUCUCGCCAUCCCUCUGCUCAAAAUUAAACAGAUGGUUGGAGUCUAUUCAGUUUUUCUGGGAAGUUAGUUCAUUGUUUAAGAAGAACAAUUGUGGCGUUAAAGGUAAGUUUUGUUUCUAGUUCAGUUGAACAACUUAAUAGGAUCAGUUUCUAAAUUUUUG